CUCCCGACUAGAAGCUGGACGAGGCUCCCAGUGAUGAACACUUACAGGAGGCGAGAAGGCUCUGUGUUCUGUUCAGCUGCACCUUGUGUCUUUUGCGUGGUACUCUAGUGAGUGACGUGUGAGUCAUCUGUCAGAGGCCACUCAGAUACCCACUGCUGGACCCAGGAGUCCACGGGUCCCAUCAUCAUCUCUGUCUCAGAGGCAAAACUGCAUCAGAGUGAUCCUGAAGCAGUGGUGGCCCAGGCUCAGUGCCAGUAGGAUGUGGAGCCUUCCAUGAAACUGCUGUAGAAAUGGCCCUCAGCCCAGCAUCAGGAGAGCAGCCAAAGAUGCAGAGUGUGGCCUGGGAGGACAGUAGCCUUCAGCCCUGCCCUGUGAGCCAUCAGCCUCAGAGCACAGGCUUUUCAGGAUUCCCGAACGAAGAUCAUAACAAAGUAAAAGAAACAACAGGGAGAAGAGUAAACAGAAAACCAAGACGUAAAUUCACUAAGGAUGAAUUGUGCCUACUUAAUCACGUAUUUGAAGAAACUCCUUACCCUGAUUUUAUCAUUCGAAAAAAACUGGCUGAACAACUGUAUUGUCAAAUAUAUGCGAUUGAUAACUGGUUCCAGAACAGAAGAGCCCGCCUGCCACUGAAAGAGAGACAGAGAAUAUCCGCUGCUAGGAAACUGCACGCAUUCCCUAUCCAGGGUCAUUCACAUGGAAGCCUCCAGAACCCCCAGGCAGAGUCUCCCAUCGGGGCCCUGGAGCAGACCUGCUCCUCUACCCUGAAGGCUUUUCUAGGAGGCACGGACUAUUUCUCUCCUGAGACACAAUGGGUUCCCAGUCAACAGGAUGGCUCGGGGGACACUGGGGUCCCAGGCCUUAAAAAAGAACUGAGCUGUGCUUCGGAGUAUCCGGGUGACACAGGGAAUAGAUUGUAUCCCAAUUGUUCAUCUUACAGCUACGGAUCAGUGAUCUGUCUUCAACCUUCUGCUUCCAUGCAGUAUUUUGAGAAGCAUGAGCCCAACACCGGGCAGAGCUGGAACGUGAGGGCCUCCAUUCUGCCACAAGUUCAUAGUCAGCAAGAGGAGAAGUGGCAGCAGCAGCAGGCCUGCUGUCCUUACCCACUGUAUCAAGGUCAGCAGCAGAAUGGCUACUUGCUAUCCUCUACAGCAGCCUCGGCUUCAGAGGAAUCAAGACACAUUGUGUUUCAGGAUCAGCUGAUUAUGCAUCUGAAUCCUGGGGAUUCUGGGCAGCAGGUGCCCUCCCUUCAGUCACAACAGCAGGGCGGAGGCUUUCAAACCAGUAGUGGUCAGGUCUCUGCUAACACAGGGUGAGCAGGAGAAGGCAGCAGCUUUGGGCUGAGGGGUCUGCAAAGGUCCACCACUGGGACCAAGGAUGUGGCUCCAGAAAAUGGUUCUAAGCUUCAGAAAAGAACAGCCAUAGGUCAUCAUCCCGUGGUCAUCCACACAGCAGCCCAAGGCAAAGGCCUCUCUAGAGCCUGAGCCUAAGCCCUGUGUUCAGGAAAGCUCCAUGAGCUUGAUGGUCCUCCUAGUAGGGCAGCAGUGUCCCCUGGCUGUGCAGUUCAUAGUGCCUUGGAGAAAAGCUGGACUAGAGGCUGGAGUAGAAAACCAGCCAACAGGGAGAACACAGGUGUCAAUGAGCAACAGUUUGGGCUUCAGAAAAAAGAGGCUCUUAACACAGCAUCUGCCCUAGAUAUCGUUCCCUCCCCCCACCUCAGAGACAAGAUAGCCUUCAAGAAUUAUGAGGAUACAAAGAACCCUCCCCUGCACUUUGCUGGGGCGGGGAGGGUUGUCGGGCUGGAGGUUGCCGUUGGAUUAGCCUGCAAGAGUGCUGCAGCACAUCUCCCUACUCACAGAAGCAGGGCAGCAGCCACAUGUCUUUGAUGGAGCCCUGACUGCAAAGGCCAUCCCAACAAUGUCAGCUUGGUCAACGAGGAGGCAGCCCCUCAGGUGAGACCAAUUGAGGCAGGCACUGGAAGCAGAGCUCUGAAGAGCCCCAGGGUGAUCCUGUACCCUAGCUGGCAGGCAGCCCUCACCGGUCCUCUUGGCUGAGAACUGCUGCCUGGAAAUUGAUUUAGAGUGUGGAUGGGCACCAGCAAAAUCUCACAAGAUCUGAGAGUUCCCAGUUGAGCAUUUAAAAGCUGUGUUGUUAAACCAGUGUUUUUGAGGACCAGCCUGGUGUCUGUGAACUUCCAACUUUGAAAUGUUUUUCAUAAUUUUGAGCAUUAGGGUACAGAAUCAUUUCUCAAACAUUUUGGAGCAUUUGCUGUCAGUCUCAGUCUCAUAUGCUUUCCCCUACACUGUGUAAUGUGUUUUAACAUAUUUUAGAUUUUUAACCCAAAUCCUGUCCUAUUAAUUGCAGAAUAAAGCAUGUCUCCUACAUCUUUUUCAAGGCAAUCUGACAGGCAGAUCUAUUUCAUUUUGCAAAUAUCUCCCAUCUGUUACUACAGAUCAGACUGAGAGUAGGUGGGGAAUUAGCAGCUGUGAUGAGUAUGAUUUGCAUAGUCACUGCACAACCACUAGGAAAUAUUUCUAGUUAAUAUUCCUAUUGAAGAUGUAGAUGUUUGGCAAGUCUGCUACAGGAUGUAUCCUUUAAAGAAACUUGCAUGUACUUACACAACAUAGCCCCUGAAUAAAUAUCACAUAAAGUAAUAAUCCUGCACAAUUCAAAAUAAUAGACCAGAACUGUCUAGUUGAGAGUUCUGGUAUACAAUGUUCAGUGAAAAAUCAAGUUGCCUAAUUUUUAUAGCAUGAUGUUUAUAAAAAUGAAAUAAGAGCUUCAUCAAUAAAUAGCAUUGGUUAUUCUUGGGUACACAUAUAUGCAGCAAGAACAAAAACAUGGGCUAGGUUUAUAUUCACUGAAUCAUGGAGAGUUGCAAUAGGCGAGGAGGAAAAGAAAAUACCUUUUACAUUAUGAUGCAUAGCCUAUAUAGACUAAGUUACAGCCAGGGGUAGCAUCAUUGUCUACAUUUCCCAUUUCACACUCAGUAUGAUAUUUACUGUAUUAUCAGUUUCUGCCAAAGGAAUCCAUUUACUUCUGAUUGGCUCAGUUUAUUUCCUCCUGUACAGAUUUUGAAAAUUUCAAUUCCCUUUUUUCAUUGAUUACCACAAUAUAGUUUCUAAUCCUGUAACCUGUUCAUGUAGGGAUUUAGAUAGAUUUUUCUUAUAUUAAAGAAUGUUUGUGUUCUUGGAAUAACCCAGUUAGGUUAUGAGGUAUCCUUAUGUAUUUCUGGAUUAAAGUUGCUAAUAAUUUUUUUGGUUGCUAAUAUUUUUAGUAAGAUCAUGACAUCUGUUCACGAAGGAGAAGGCCUCUAAUAAUUUUCUUUAGUGACACUAUCUUUAGGGGUUUAGAUCAUGUUAAGAUAGCUCUGGAAUGACUUAUGUAGGCCACCACUCAUCAUUUAAAAUCUUGUGUAAAAAUUUAUCCCUUUAUUAAAUGAAUUUCCUAAUGAA